CACACACUCUCUCUCUAGAAGAAAAACCCCCUCUUUUAUUUUUCUUUUUAAUUUUUGCCAAGUCUCAAAUCUAACUCUAUCGCAAGUCCACAAGAUUUGUUUAACACAUUUGCCCAAUUUCCAUAAAACAACAAACCUUCCCAAUCUGCAAAGCUGUCUUUCCAUCUGUUUUUUUGUUUGUUCAAAAGAUGCUUCGUAAAAGCCACAAAGGCAGAGGAACAAGAAAAACAGUGCAGAAACGAAACAAAAGCAGCAGAAAAUGAAGCAUUAAGUAGGCGGAGCGGGGAGGCCGUCACGAGAGAGAAGAGACACCAGGGAGGGUGGAGGGGUGUCUUUCCAUCUGUAAUUUGAGGAAAAACAUCUCGUAUUUCUCUUGGAUCCACAAAAAGAUUCCUCCUUUGCACGUUUGCAUUGGUUUUAGUUUCUUUUAGGCAAUUGAAGGUGAAUGUUUUUUAUAACUCUGGAUGUUGUGUGCUCAUUGGCGUAAACUGGGUCCUCAGAGUCCUGAGUUUCUUUGGCCCUUUUGUGCUUCUUCCACAAGCCAUUGUCUGGUCUGUUCUGUGAGAUGAAACCCAAUAAGGUUUCUUUCCCUCACUGAUUGGAUCGGAUUGGAUUGGAUUUGGUUUUGUGGGUAUACCUUUUUUUUUCCAAUUUUUCUCUUGUAAAGCAUAUGAGAUUUUGGAAAAUUGAGGAAAACCCUGAAAGUAAAUUCAUGGUAGAAGUGGAAAUGUUGUGAAAGUUUGGAUCUUUAUUGAAAAGGACAUUUUUGUAUGGUGGGUUUUUUGGAAGAAGAUAAAAGUUAUCUUCUUUGGGCUGCAAGCAGUUGGAGAAAGUGAUUUUUAAAGAAGACUUGAUUUUGUGGUAACUUCGGUUGGGAAGCUGUGUUUGGAAUUGCACGAAUGAGGAAAGUUGAUUGAAAGGAGCCCCAUUGAGCUGCUGGGUUUGCAUUUUGUUGAGGAGGCUACUGCUUAAAUACGCGAUGGAAUAUUAUGGGGGAUGAAAUGCUGCAAUUCUCCGGCUUGAACAUAGAACAGUAGAUGUUUAGGAAGUGAGAGUAAUUAAUUGUCUUCACUUGGAGGAGGUGGGAAGAUGGCUGCAAAACUUCUGCAUUCCUUAGCUGAUGACAAUCCAGAUUUGCAGAAGCAAAUAGGAUGUAUGAAUGGGAUUCUUCAGCUUUUUGACCGGCAACAUGCUCUCACCGGUAGGCGGGUUAGCCACCACAAGAGGCUUCCUUCAGGGAAUUCCCAUUUCAGCAAUGGUGGCCUGGAAAGAGAGUAUAAUAAUGCAUACUAUCGUCAGACAGCACCUGAAUUGAAUUUGAACAAGAGUGAGAAUGAGACAAAAAGAAUCUCAGCAGAAUCGUCAAGAGCCUCUUUCUCAUCCGUUUGUUCUUCCUUGUCAUCUCUGGACUACAACAAAACAGCUCAACCUGGAACAUCUUCCUUUGACAGAAGCAUUUUUCCUGAAACUCCACCAAGGGACCUGACAAACCAAUCAUGUAUGUCCCCCAAACCAGGGAGGCAAUCCCUUGAUCUCCGGGACGUGGUGAAGGAUUCUAUGCAUAGGGAAAUUAGGGCACUAUCAGUUAAAACUACAACCAAAGAGGAAUCUGCAGGUCAUGCAGUGAAACAUAGAGACUCUCCAAGACCCUUACAGUUGUCCAAAUCAGUGGAAGGAUCAAUUGAAGUUGGGAUCAAUGGGAAGCAAAAUGUGCCUGCUGACCUCAGGGAGUCUCUUCGAGUUCUUGCUAAACUUCAAGAAGCACCGUGGAGUAAUGAUGACGCUAGAGAUCAUCCAAGAUCAUCAUAUGAAUUGAAAGAUAGUUCCUGGAACACACUUACGAAGGACGCUCCACGUUUUUCUUAUGACGGGAGAGAGAGAAAUCGUUUGUCUUUGGAUUCAAGAGAUGCCUUCAAAGCAACCCCAAAGCUAAAAGAGUUGCCAAGACAUUCGCUGGACGGUAGAGAAGGUUCAAUGCGGAGUUCCACAUCCGAUUCAAAAUCAUAUCAGCGUUCGAAAAGUUUUCAGAAUAGUGGAAACUCAAAUGACAGAGACCCUAAUCUACCUCAAUCAUCCGGAAGUCAUAAUCGACCUCCUAGUGUAGUGGCAAAGUUGAUGGGUUUGGAAGCCUUGCCAGAUUCUGCCUUGACUAGUGAUAGUCACUUGAUUAAAACCUGCCUGGUUAAAGAUAUUGAUCCUUUCUCAAAACCACUGAAGCUAAAUAAUCUGCAGAGGCCUAUGCCUAUGAGAAUUUCUUACACCACAAGAAAUUCUCUGAAAGAACCAUCAUCACCACGGUGGAAAAAUCCAGAUUUGGUUAUGAGGCCUAUUUCGAGUUCAAGGUUUCCAAUUGAGCCAGCCCCAUGGAAAAUGCAGGAUGGAAGUCAAGGUUCUCAGAAACCAUCUUCCAAACCUGUAAAAGUUCAAGCAAGGACCUCAGACUCCUUCCCUUCUGUUUAUAGUGAGAUUGAGAAGAGGUUGAAAGAUCUGGAAUUUAAACAAUCCGGGAAGGAUCUCAGAGCCCUUAAACAGAUACUCGAAGCAAUGCAAGCAAAAGGUCUUUUAGAGACCAAAAAAGAAGAACAAGCUUCAAACUUUGGAACUCAAAAAGACAGUGAAUCCAAAUGUACAAGUUCCAAUCUGAAUUCGAAAUCAACAAACCAGCGAAACACAAGCGACCAUGUUGUUGCUUCGACAACUAGAGGUGCUGCUUCCUCUGGGUCUUUUGAGUCCCCGAUUGUGAUCAUGAAACCUGCAAAACUUGUUGAAAAAUCUGGUAUUCCCACUUCAUCAUUAAUUUCAGUAGAUGGCCUCUCUGAUGCCCGUACUCUUCAGAGAAGGAGAAGUACAGAUAAUAAGACGGGUUCAACUAGCAGUCGGACAGUUAAAGAUCAGUAUCCCAAAAACAGUCGGAAGGAAUCUGCUGUAAGUUCUACUGACAAAAAAACAAGUGGCAGGAAUAUAAGAUCAAUACAAUCUCUGCCAAAGGAUACCGCUGGAUCAAGUUCAGUAAAGAGCUCAGGAUCUGUGAGUCCAAGACUACAACAGAAGAAACUUGAGUUGGCAAAGUCAUCUCGUCCACCUACCCCUCCAUCUGAUUCAAAAAAAUCCAGAAGGCAGUCCAGCAGGCAAUCGACAGAGUCAGGUUCGCCAGGCGGAAAACUCAGACCAAAAUCUUCCAACUUGCAGCAAGGUGAUGACCAGUUGAGUGAGAUAAGUAAUGAAUCUAGAAGUUUGAGUUUUGAAGGAGAUGACCUCGAUAUGGAAGUCACUAGUAUUGUACGAGCUGCUGAGAUAAAUGGCAGCCAGAGUCCAUGUUUGAGAGCUGCCGAGUAUUUGGCUUCUGGUUCAAUGCAGCAAAAAUCAAGUCCAAGGUUGGAAGAAUAUGGAUCUGUUGCUGAACUUGCUAUAGUUGGUCCAGAACAUCCUAGUCCUGUGUCUGUUCUUGAUAACUCAGCAUAUAGAGAUGACGCACCAUCACCCGUAAAGCAGAUGCCGAAUGCCCUCCAAGGCAAUAGUGCCGAAGAUUCCAAGCACAGCGAAGGUGAAGAUCAAUGGAACCCUGCAGAUAAGCUUGACAGCAUGGGAUCUGGUCUUACAUCAGAAAUCAAUCGCAUGAGAUUGAAGAACAUUGAAAACUUAGUUCAGAAGCUUAGUCGAUUGAAUUCUAAUCAUGAUGAAGCAAGAACAGACUAUAUUGCAUCUCUUUGCGAGAACACAAAUCCAGACCACAGAUACAUUUCUAAGAUAUUGUUAGAUUCAGGCCUCCUACUCAGAGACCUCGGCUCCAGCUUGACGACAUUUCAGCUCCAUCCCUCAGGCCAUCCCAUCAACCCCGAGUUAUUCUAUGUUUUGGAGCAAACCAAGGCAAGCAGUUUGCUGGCAAAAGAAGAAUGCGUCCCCGAAAAGGUAACCAUUCCGGUACAAGAGGGAGAGAAAUUUCAUCGGAAACUCAUAUUCGAUGCAGUCAAUGAAAUUCUUGUUGACAAGUUGAAUUUAGCCGGUAUCCCUCCUGUGCCAUGGUUGAAGCCUGACAAGCUCGCAAAGAAGACCCUCAACGCGCAAAAGCUUCUGAAGGAACUGUCUAGCGACAUAGAACAAUUGCAAGCCAAGAAGCCGGAGUGCAGCUUAGAGGACGAGGGUGAUGGUUUGAAAAACAUCUUGUGGGAGGAUGUGAUGCACCGGUCAGAAAGCUGGACAAUUUUCCAUGGUGACAUCUCCGGCGUAGUGUUAGAUGUCGAACGGUUGAUCUUCAAGGAUCUGGUUAAUGAAAUCGUUAUUGGUGAGGCAGCAGCAGCUUGCUCGCGAGCAAAGCCAUCGAGGCGGCGUCGGCAGCUGUUUGCUAAGUAGAGUGUCAUCUAAUCGGUCUCCUCCUUUCCAUUUUCCGUCGUGAUUUAAAUUUACAUUUUUUUUGUGAUAAGCAGCAUAAUAAAUUAUGUGUAAGAUCAUAAUGCUGGAUUUGUAAAGAAGUUAACUUGUAAAAGUCCUUGAAAAGAUGAACUUGUAUUUGAAAUCAAUGUAUAAGAUCCUUUUUCCUUCCCUCUCCA